CCGCAUGAUGCAGAAAUUUGAGAACACCAACUACUUGCCGACUGCUAAUUAACUGGUUGCUGAGGAGCCAAGUCAGCAAGAUAACCGCUUAGCAACUGCUUCUGCUCCAAUAGUCAUAGAAGCAGGUGAGGAUAGUGAAGCUAUGCAGCAGGAGGAGGCUCCGACAAUACUACCUGUUCCCCUUACCCAGGCCAAAGGCAACAACUCCCUUACUUCGCUUCAUAUUGAGUAUAUACAGGAUCUCCCUGAGUAUCCAGUAUCUCAUAUAUAUGGAUACACUUAUGUAGUAGCAGUUGGGAAUCGCUCACAGGAAGAGAUGGAAAAACUAGUCCAUGAUGUUCAAUAUGCAAAAAAACUCAAAUGGGGCCAGAAGCGGCCUGUAUACUGUCCAUUUUUGAACUCUCAAGUAAAAAAAUGGACCUGGACAUGCUCCGGAAUCUUUGCAUGUGAAUACCUAAAUUCAUAUAUUGCAUCGUAUCAUCAUACGUCUGCAGACGAUAAUAUUUGGGAUCAAAUUCGAAAAUAUCAGCAAGAUAUCCAGCUUGCUGAAGCUGAACCAGCUACACGGAAUGCCUAUAGAAUGUUGAUGGGAGUUAUACUCCUUAUAUUGGGUGUGUCAAUGAUACUGGUCUUUUCCAAACAAAACACCACCGAGGAAGUAUUAUGAACUUCACAACUCUUGAUUUGAAGUUUCUAGAAGAUCUUUUCAAUAAGGAUCUCAUA